AUGAACCCACUCACGCCCUCCAUUGCGAUUGUGGGUGCAGGCGUCGCGGGACUCAUCACCGCCCACGUCCCGGUCCGUGACGGCUUCCGUAACGUCCAAAUUCUCACUCGGGAUGUUAUUCCGGGUGGGGUCUGGACGCGUGACCGUGUCUACACUGGUUUACGUCUCAAAAAUGUACACGGAGACUCCCCCUCCGAAAAGGACGGACGACUCACGGGAGACGACCUCAGCGCAUACACCGACGCCUUCGCAUCAAAAUUCUUGGAGGGUAAGAUCGAGUACGGGGUCGAAGUCAGAGACAUCCGCCGCAAUCCAUCUGGGGCCGGAUCGCUGGUUGAUCUCACUCAUCGCGCGACCUCUCAGAAGGAGACGUUACUUAAUAAGGAGACGCGAGAGUACGGUCGUGUCGUGAUGUGCAUCGGAGGUUGUAACGAGCCCAAUUUCUCUGACGGGCUGAGUUCAUCGGAUGCUGCCGCGAUAGGCUUCCGUGGCCUUGUGCUUCACAGUGCUGAUAUUGGACCCAGGGGUAAGGAGCUCCUCACUGUGGCGGAUACCACGAAGGGAGAACGCAACCCUGCGCCUGUCGUCGUGGCUGGUGGAGGCAAGUCAGCGCAAGAGUAUUUGAUUCUGGCCAACCAGGGCCAAAAGGUUACUAUCGUCUUCAGCAAAUUCGAUUCGUUCACCGCAUCUUCCAAAUCAAUGCCGGGGUGGAUGAGGAAAAGCAGACUUAUGUCAGUGUUUUUUCCUCAUCCCGUCCUGCGUACCCCUGUCGAAAGAUUCCUUCACAAGACUUCCACUGGGAAGAUUCACGAUGCCAUGGACCUCCCGCGAGAUUCUCCCUUGCGCGAUACCUCUUCUAUGUAUUGGAACAUUCGCACGAACGACGAAGGCAUACCUCGUGCAAAUGGAUUUCACGCUCUGGUCAACGCAGGAAAGAUUGCCUUCAUACCCCGUGCCCGCGCCGAGAGGUUUGGGUCCGACGGUCAGUCGCUCGUGCUGGAGGACGGCAGAUCGAUCCCAGCUAGCGCAGUUGUUUUCGGUACUCGUUACAAGUCCUCGUGGUCGACAUUUAAGACUCUCAGUGAACUUGGACUGACCGCGCAGACAACGCCGCGCGCUUCUGUCCCCACGAAGCUCAUCGCGCAGCGCGAUUUCGCCAUCAACGGCGCCGUCCUCUCCGCGAACUUCGGGUACACGAACGAGGUCGCCGCGCACUGGAUCUCGGCCUACUUCCUCGAGGACGCCAUGCGCCUCCUCGCUACCCCUGCGGACGCGCGCGCCGAGGCGGAGCGCGCGGGCGCGUGGAUGCGCGCGCGGUACCCGCAGGUCCCGGUCGCGCGGACGCCGAACAUCACGGGCUACGUCGCGUUUUGGAAUUGGCCGCAGCACGCGGAUGACCUCUUGGAGGACAUGGGGCUCUGGACUAGACGCAGCGGCGGGAAUUGGCUGACAUGUCCGUUUAAGGUCGUCGAUCCUGAGGAAAUAAGGUACCUGAAGGAAGAGCGCGACGCGAAGCGAGCUGCAGACGUGAAAGCGCCCACUGCAGUGUAG